AUGGCAGAUACUCCUGGACAGCUUGAGCCCAUCGACCUGCGCUACUGGCCAACUUGUGAAAAUGCCCUCAGCUGGUCCUCAGAAGGUCUAGCUGUUGCCACCGGUGAGACUGUACAGAUCUUGACGCCAAUUGACUCGUCAGGAUCGCAAGGACUCCUAAAAGACUUGCAAUGGCGCAAAACUACAAUCCCUGCCAACCAGUUCCAAGAAGCCGAAUGGGCGCAUGUGCCCAUGGCUCCCAUUAGACAGUUUUCCAUCGGCGAGGAAUUAUCCGAUUCAACCAUUACUUCGCUUGCGUGGUCACCGCCGGGAUUGGGUCCUCACAGGCGGAAUGUCCUCGCGAUUCUGACGUCCAACCUGGUCCUUUCAUUCUGGGAAGGCUAUGGAAAAUUAGACCAAUGGAAAAGGACCGCAGUGGUCAACCAGCACCUUUCGAGCGAAGCUGAUUCUGACAAACCAAAUCAGCUAGCAAAACAGAGAGAAGAGAGAAGGAUUCGUGCGUUCUGUUGGAUCCCGCCCAUAAAGACUCACAGCAGUAUGAAAUGGGGCCAACAUUUACUGGCUGUUGUGGACGACUCUGAUACAAUCUCCCUGUUUCGUGUCGCCAAAAAAGAAAGUUCGAAACUCGGAUGUUGGUCGUUCGAGCUACUGGGACAGCAUGUUUCCGAGCAUGUCACCCCUGUAUACAUCAACGGAGGAGGUUUGGCGUCUGUACUGUCAGCUUCUUCUCGUGUAUCAAGCAUGAAAGCAUCGAAGAUCCAAGAGAACAGUGCAGCAACCCCCAAGGCAUUUAAUUUUCGGUUAGAUCUGCUUCGAGCAAACGGGCGUGUUUCGAAGGCUCUUUCCAUAUCCGUUCAACUUGUUCUUCCAGACAUUGACCACAGGGACAAUACAUCCCACGGAACGUCAGUUUCGUUCCAGACUUCGCAAAGGCGACCAGAAUCUGAUCAGAAUCAUGGAGUCUCCGAAAUGGACUUUGAAGCGGCCCUUCGAAAACCAAGAUCUGAGUUCGAUAGCAGAUUCAGUCUGUCAGGCAAAAUCCGUACUCGUUUCUACGGAAUCUCACUCUCUCCUGACAAGACUCGUGCUGCGGCGUGUGUUUCAUUACAUCCCAGCGAAAUGAUCGAAGCUGUUAUGCCUGCGACUCAACACACUCUGAUCGUAUUCAGCGACACCAAAUAUCCAGCAAAUGCUCCCGAGCCUGAGAAGGCCGAUAUGGUGGUCCUAGAAGAGCUCCUGUCAUUCACCUCCUCUACAGACUCAAGUCUCAUUCGAUCGGACCUGGAUCAAAAAAUAGUCAGGAUUGCUAUCUCAUUAACCAUGAGUGAUCCUGCAAGGUUUCAGAAGUUCACAGAUUGGGCGAAGUUGAUGUCAAAUCGGUUAGCAGACGCUCAGCACGAAGAUAGAAUGGCUUUGGACAAAGAAAUGGAAGUGGCCACUGGAUCCGGAUUGCUAGAUCAAGAGAAAUGCGAAGUGUGCAGCGCGCCCAUUACGUUCUCAGACACGGUCUCCGCAAGGUGCGGUAAUGGACAUCAAUUCAGUCGGUGCAAUAUAUCGCUUAUUGCUAUACAAGAGCCUGGUAUCUCGAAGUAUUGUGCCAAAUGUGGCAGGCAAUUCCUGGACAUAUCCAGCUUAAAAUUACCAAAUGGCCCAAGCUUGACUCGGGCGUUAUUCGACGAGUUCGAUGUUUGUCCCUAUUGCCAAGGCAAGUUUCGUGGUUGA